GACAUUUCCAACCGCUGAGUUUAAUGGCAAUUCGACCAAUCGUCGUGCAGAUGGCAGUAGCUCUGAAACAUCUCAAGUCUGUUGGAAUUAUACACGCAGACCUCAAAUUACAGAAUGUGAUGUUAGUCAAUCACCAACAAGAGCCGUACCGAAUUAAAGUGAUUGACUUUGGCCUGGCUUGUGAGACCUCAGCUGCGACAGUGGGUUCUUACAUUCAGAGCCGUCCAUAUCGGUCCCCAGAGAUUAUUCUAGGCCUUCCAUUUACAGAGGCCAUAGACGUUUGGUCUCUGGGAAACAUUGCUGCCUAUCUGUACCUCGGUUCCCUGCUGUACCCUGGCUAUACUGAAUAUGAUAUGAUGAACUACAUAGUAGAAACCCAAGGGAACCCACCAGAAAAAAUGUUAAACUCUGGGCUAAAGACCUCCUGCUUUUUCUACAAAGAGUUCAAUUCCACCACCAGCAACUGGAAACUCAAGACGCCUGAACAAUUUUUUGAAGAGUCAGGGAUUAAGCCCACAGAGAGAAGAGGAAGAAACUUUACAUCUCUGAAUGACCUCUUACAUGUAUUUCCAGCAACACGGGGCUCAGACAUUUACAGAUAA